AUAAUUAUCGGUGAUGCAAAAUUUGUUGAUAAUUAUUGUAGAUUAUUCGUAUAAUAUGUACUGCUAUUUAUUAUGAAUGAUAUUUUUUAAAGAAGCACAAGCUAUAUUUUAUUUUGAAUGAACUCGAUGGACUGCUAGAGAAUCGAUUACUGAUCAAGGUAAAAUAAUUGCACAUAAUGUGUACGUUAAGCGAAUUUGAAUACGAUUCUGUUGAAACGGAAAUACCGACAAGAGACAGAAUUACUUCCGACAGUAAUGCUACUUCACUACCCGAUAUUAAAUCUUUGUGUAAAGUGUGUGGAUCUAACGAAAUUCAGGUUUCAUUAAGGAACAAAAACAAUUAUUGCAAAGUAUGUUUCUUGGGCAUAUUAACGCAUAAAUUUAAAGCAACAUUGGGCAAAUCUAAAGCGAUACGACCAACCGAUACGGUACUUGUUGCCCAUUCGGGGAAAGCAAAUUCGACUGUACUCGUGCAUCUUAUCGCAGCUAAUAUCAACGAAUCUACCUUCAAAAAGAUUCCUUUUCAUUGUAAAGUUUUGUACAUAGACGAUGGCAUGGCAAAAGGUCGUUCGGUGGAAGAAAGACAAUGUAUUAGAAAUGCAUUGGUCAACGAAGCAAAAAGUACACAGUUGUUAACAUAUAUUCUACCUCUAUCAAGAUGUAUAAACGAUAAUGUCCGUGAAGAAAUUCAACUAGCAGACACGUUAGAAAUAGGCACUACCAGAGAAGAUACAGUGGUACAAGAAAUGUUUGAUCGAUUAGAAAGUGACACGUCAAGAGACGAAUUAUUGAGACAAUUGAGACGUAAAUUACUCGUUUCCGCAGCUCGUCGUUUAAAUUGCAACAAAAUUUUUGUUGCCGAUACAUCGGUCGAUCUUGCAAUAAAAGUACUUGGAAACGUAUCGACCGGUCGAGGAUCUCAAUUACCUUUCGACGUUACUUUCUCCGACGCAAGAUGCACAGAUACGACAUUGUUCAGACCAUUGAAGGAUUUGACAGGAGAAGAUAUUGUCGGAUAUUUAAAUUGUCAUAAAUUAUGUCCCAUUAUUACUUGUCAAAAAUAUAAUCAUUCUUUCGUUGCUUCCAUACGAGCUGCCGCGAGAAAUUUUGUUUGUCAAUUAGAUUCUGAAUUCUAUAGUACUGUGCCUACGAUAUAUCGUACCAGUGAAAAAUUAGCCUCAAAAUUAGAGAAAUUCGAUGAUUCGAAGAAUAACGUGAAUAUCGAAGUCGACGUCGAAAACGACACUUGCAUACUCUGCGAAAUGCCUUUAGAUUCUCGUUGUUCCGGAGAAGGAUCGCUUUCAGUUACACGAGCAAAAUUAUUUUCCAAACAAGUUUCCACAACUUUCGUAGAUUCGUCGUCGAGCAUCGCAGACAAGAAAAACAUUAAAUGUUCAAAUAAUUUGAAAGGAGCAAAAUGUUGUCAUCUUACUAAUCCACUUCAGAAACAGUCUUUACAUUGGUAUAUCGUUAAAAAGUAUCUGUGUUAUAGUUGCACCCUAAUUUUCUCAGAUUCAAAACAAACGCAUAUCACUUUACCUAAUUUUAUGUUAAACUCGAUAGAACGAAAGUUACACAGUAUGCAUUUAUAUAAUGAAAUUUCUGAUUUCUUAUUAUAAUUAAAACAAACUUGUACAGUCACCACUGAUGAAUUAUAGGAUUAAAUGAUAAUGCGUAAGAAAUGUAACAGUAUAUUGACCAAUAAAUCAUAAGACUUUUAUGAAAAAGAUAAAAAAAAAAUAUAAUUAAAUGUAUUGUUGUUGAAUGUAGAUAUCUCUUUUUUGAAGUACAUUCGUAAAUAGAAAAAUCCUUACUUCCUGUUAGAUAUCAUCGUUUACGUACUAUGUUUUCUCAUAAAACGGAAAAUGUGUGUUUAAUAUAGAUGGCGACAGUGAGAGCAGACAUUAAUGAGAAUUGACAGUGCGCAUAGUAGUGUCUUCGGUAUUUGAUUAUGUAAACGUUGGGGAGAAUAGUUUGAACACAAAUUGAUCAAUUUACUCAAAUAAAAACGAAUUUUUUUCGUUAG